AUGGUGGCCCUGCACGGCCUCUUCCCUUCCAGCCCUGAGUUACAGUCACAGUCACACCACCUGCUGCUCCUGGAGCUGCCCGGGCGCUGCUCUCCUGGCCCUGGAGCCGACUCGGAGACGGGCGAGGAUGAGCCCAGCGACCCCCAGGUGACACAGCGCAGCGAGCUCCAGGAUGAGACGGCCUUCAGCACCCCGACAGAACUUCAUCUCCACCUUAUGAUUUCUGCACCGCAAUUGCCACGAUGCUCUGAGGGCAACGGGAAGUCCUCGGUGCCGGCCGAGUACCAGGACACCGUCCCCGAGGAGUACGAGGAGAAGAUCAAGAAGCCCAAGUCCUCGGGGUACUCGCAGGGCAGCACGCAAGACUCCCGUCCCCAGACACCCAUGAGUGACGUCUCUGGACGCAUCUCUGUCCGGGCAUCCCCCAAGCUGGUGCGCUCCGGCUCCAAGAUCUUCGAGAGGCUGCAGUACUUCGAGGAGCGGCGGCGGAGCCUGGAGCAGACAGACAGCCCCUUCCCCACGCACCCAUGACUGCCCCUGCGCAAGACGCGCUCCUUCGACCACCCCGUCCAGGACAUGGCGGUGCCCGUGGGGACGGAGGUGCUGCUGAAGUGCAUCGUCACGGCCAACCCCCAGCCAGAAGCCCCCAUCGUGGAGCGGCAUGGGAACGUGGCACCCGCCCUGGGCCAGGCCAGCCCCAUCACCUCAGACGAGGAGUACCUGAGUCCCCUGGAAGAGUUCCCUGAGUCCGGCACCCCCCAGCACCGACCAGCCAUGAAGCUGCAACCCAGAGCCGAGCACGGGGCUGCCCACGGCUCCCCAGAGAGCACCUUCAAGGCUGCACCCACCUUUGAGCUGUCCCUGUCGGACCAGUCGGUGCUGGAGGGCCAGGAUGUCAGCAUGCGCGUCCGUGUCCGCGGGGAGCCCAAGCCCAUCAUUUACUGGCUGAGGAACCGGUAGCCGGUGAAGUACGGCCGCCGGCACCACGCGGAGGAGGCGGAGGGGCAGGAGGUGGUGGUCGGGGCGGGGGAGCUGGCACUGUUUGAGUGCCUGGUGGCUGGCCCGCCAGACAUGGACGUGGACUGGCUGUCCCGGGGCCGGCUGCUCCAGCCCGCCCUGCUCAAAUGCAAGAUGCAUUUUGACGGGCGCAAGUGCAAGCUGCUGCUCACCUCCGUGCACGAGGACGACAGCGGGAUCUACACCUGCAAGCUCAGCACGGCCAAAGACGAGCUGACCUGCAGCGCCCGGCUGACGGUGCAGCCCUCCGUGCAGCCGCUCUUCACCCGCAAGCUGGAGGACGUGGACGUGGUGGAAGGGCGGACGGCGCGUUUCGACUGCAUGAUCAGUGGGACUCCCCCCCCGGCAGUCACCUGGACCCAUUUUGGCCAGCCGGUGCAGGAGGGGGAGAACAUGCGGAUUCAGUGGGACAGGGGGCUGCACUCACUGGUCAUCGUGCAUGUGGGCACCGAGGAUGAGGGGCAGUACACGGUGACUGCCCGGAAUCCCCAUGGCCAUGUGGAAUGCUCUGCCGAGCUCUACGUGGAGGAGCCGCGGCCGUCUGCUGCCUCCCAAAUCUCCAAGCUGGAGAAGAUGCCAUCCAUCCCGGAGGAGCCGGAGCAGGCGGAGACGGAGACAGAGUGCUUCACCAUGCCCGAUUUCCUGAAGCCGCUGCACAACCUGGAUGUGGUGGAGUCGAAGGAGGCCGUGCUGGAGUGCCAGGUGGCUGGGCUGCCCUACCCCUCCAUCACCUGGUUCCACAACGGCUCCCGCAUCGACAGCACCGACGACCGCAAGAUGAUGCAGUAUAAGGAUGUCCAUCGCCUGGUGUUCACGGCUGUCAGCCACGCGCAUGCUGGCGUCUAUAAAAGCGUCAUCGCCAACAAAGUGGGCAAGGCCACGUGCUACGCGCACCUCUACGUCACCGACCCUGACUCGGUGACCUACGUGGUGCAAAUGCAAGUGCUGGGCACGAUGCAGUGGCUGGUGCUGGUGGCCAGUGUGCAGGACACCACCUACACAGUGCACGGGCUGACCAAGGGUGCCCAGUACCUCUUCCGCGUCAUCACCUCCACCCCCAAGACCAACAGCAAGCCAUCCCCACCGGUGGGGCCCGUGCAGCUCCUGGACCGGGGUCCCUACCUGGAAGAGGCCCCGGUCAUCCUGGACAAGCCAGAUGUGGUGUACGUGGUGGAGGGUCAGCCAGCGUCCAUCACCAUCACCAUCAAUCAUGUGGAGGCCACUGUCACCUGGAAGAGGGCCGUGGGGCCGCUGGCCUGCGAGGUGAGCAACCGCCACGGCACUGCCCGCUGCACCCUCCGCCUCCACCUCGCAGAGGCACCACGCUUUGAGUCCAUCAUGGAGGACAUCGAUGCCCAGGAAGGGGAGACGCCGCGCUUCGCCGUGGUGGUGGAGGGCAAACCGCUGCCGGACAUCAUGUGGUACAAGGAUGGGCAGCUGCUGGAGGAGAGCAGCCACCUGAGCUUCGUGUAUGAGGACAACGAGUGCUCACUGGUGGUGCUGGGCGCCACCAAGCCUGACAGCGGCGUCUACACCUGCACGGCCAAGAACCUGGCCGGGGAGAUCUCCUGCAAGGCAGAGCUGGUGGUGCGGGCAGCCCAGCCCGCUGCUGAUGCCGCCAUGGAGGAGGAGGCACUGCACAAGGCACGACGCCUGACCGACUACUACGACGUGCACGAGGAGAUCGGGAGGGGGGCUUUCUCCUACCUGCGGAGGGUGACGGAGAAGAGCACCCGCCUGGACUUUGCAGCCAAGUUCGUCCCUGGGAGGACCAAGGCCAAGCAGUCAGCGCGCCGGGAGCUGCACAUCCUCUCGCAGCUGGACCACGAGCGCAUUGUCUUCUUCCACGACGCCUUUGAGAAGAAGAACGCCGUCAUCAUGGUCAUGGAGCUCUGCGCCGAGGAGGAGCUGCUGGACAGGAUGGCGAGGAAGCCCUCAGUGUGCGAGUCCGAGGUCCGGUCCUACAUGCGGCAGGUCCUGGAGGGGAUCUGCUACCUGCACCAGCACCACGUCCUGCAUCUGGACAUCAAAGCCCGUGGGGGUCAUCGCCUACCUCUGGUAAGUGCCCCGGUGGGACCCCACGGGAGGGACCCCCUUCCCGCCCCCUUGGCAGUUGCUGUACUGGGGCUGCGGCCAUGCAUGUCGCUCCUUGCAGACUCAGCCUUCUCCUGCUUUCCUCUCCGCAGGCCCGUGGGGGUCAUCGCCUACCUCUGCCUGACAGGGAUCUCCCCCUUCGUGGGGGAGAAUGACAAGACCACGCUGAUGAACAUCCGCAAUUACAACGUGGCCUUCGAGGAGAGGAUGUUCCAGGGGCUCACCCGGGAAGCCAAGGGCUUCGUCAUCAAAGUGCUGGUGAACGACAGGCUGAGACCCAACGCGGAGCAGACCCUGGAGCAUCCCUGGUUCAAGACGCUGGCCAAGGGGAAGGUCAUCAGCACCGACCACCUAAAGCUCUUCCUCUCCCGUCGGAAAUGGCAGCGCUCGCAGAUCAGCUACAAGUGCAACAUGGUGCUGCGGCCGAUCCCGGAGCUGCUGGAGGACACGUCCAACCACCUCUCCAUCGCCGUGCCCCGGCACCUCAAGGAGUUGCCGGCGCUGUCGUCCUCCUCGGACUCGGAUGACCUGGACGAGCUGCCCUUCAUCCCCAUGCCUCACCAGGUGGAGUUCUCCGGCUCCCGCAUGUCGCUCAACGAGAUCCCCACGGAUGACGAGGCCAUUGGGCCACCCGAGGGGCCACGGCUGGAGGGGGUCACGACGGGGGACGUCUCCGCCAUGGAGUGGCAGAGCCAGGGUGCGGGGAAGCCCGGGGUGGCCCCAGGGAAGCGACCGAGGGGUGCCGGCCCGCGGCGGCUGUGUAGGUCCCUGCAGCCGGACAGCGCGCUGAACGUCGUCUCCUGCAAGGACGGCCGGCAGAUGCUCACCAUCGCCAAGGUCUCCAGGAAGGACGCGGGGCUGUACGAGCGGCUCCCUGGGCGGCCGGGCACCCCGGAGAUCCCCCAGAAGUACAAGAACACAGUGCUGGUGCUGUGGAAGCCGGCGGAGAGCAAAGCCCCCUGCACCUACACGCUGGAGCGCAGCUGCCUGCUGCAGCUCCUGCAGGGCCUUGAGUACCUGCACGGCCGCCGCAUCGUGCACCUCGACAUCAAGCCGGACAACGUCAUCAUCUCUGGCAUGAACGCCCUGAAGAUCAUCGAUUUCGGCAGCGCCCAGACCUACAACCCCCUCAUGCUGCGGCAGCUGGGGCUCAGCGGGCGGUCGCCGUUCUUUGAACUGGACCCCAUCGAGACAGAGAACCGCAUCCUGGCAGGGCGCUUUGAUGCCUUCAAGCUGUACCCCAACGUCUCGCAGAGCGCUGCCCUCUUCAUCCGCAAGGUCCUCGCCGUCCACCCCUGGAGCCGCCCCACGGUGAAGGACUGCUUUGCCAACGCCUGGCUCCAGGACGCCUACCUGAUGAAGCUGCGCCGCCAGACCCUGACCUUCACCACCAACCGCCUCAAGGAGUUCCUGGUGGAGCACCAGCGGCGCCGCGGCGAGGCCGUCACCAAGCACAAGGUCUUACUCCGCUCCUACCAGGGCGGCCAGCCGCCAGGGCCACAGUAG